CUUGCAAACCUGUGAUUUCUGUGUUCGUAGCAAACGUUCAGGGCGGCGCACGCCAUCAGCGAGGCUCAAAGUCUUUUGCGCAUCAGUACAAUAGAUACAUGGAUUGAUAGACAAACUUCUCAUCGAACAUGUCACAGCGACAUGCGGCGUUCGGCAUCGCGGGCAUCGGGUUCGCGCUGCGGAACGCCGUGCAGCAGGCGGGCGGUUGGUACGCCAGGCCGACGGGCUCCCUGAUCACCGCACAGCCGAGCACCAGCUUUGCGGCGGCAUGCGUCAUGAACCCCGUGCGGUCCCUGGCUCGCCCCGCCAACUUUACUGGCUUCGACCCCUGGUCGUUCUUUGACUACCGCAAGUUCGUAUAUCCAGACGUGUACGACGCAAACGAGGCGCUACUGUGUAACCGUUACAAGUCCCAUGGGUCGGUUGUGGAGCGGUACAUGCCGCCCAAGCCCUUCUCCCAUUGGAACCCGCUUCUGGAUCCGGAACUGGAUCGCAGAACCAAAUAUUUUAAUUUCAGGUUAUACACCAGCUUUGUGUGCUAUCGCUCUUUGUGGGGCUUCAGCAAGACCGACUUGCAGAGCAGAGUCCUGGCGGCGUACAAGAGCGUCAACCUCGCAAUUGCCACCGGGGAUAUGAGAUACGCGGAGCCGUUCGUCACGGAGUCCAUGUUGUUGCGGCUGACGGGGGAGGUGACACGGCGUGGGCGGGCCGCGCGUGUGGAAUGGCGCAUGGUUUCGGAGCCUGACCCGCGGGACAUCAAGCUCGUGUGCGGCACCGUGGUUCAGAACCCCCUCAAGCAGGGCCGACUGCACUUCGUACAGUGGACCGCCCGGGUGCCCUCGCGGCAGGUCGUGGCGGUGUACGACGCACGUGGAAACCUGAUUGCGGGUGAUCCCCACAAGGAGUUGGACGUGGUCGACUACUGGGUGUUUGAGCGGCCCAUACUCAAGGCGUUGGUGGCGCCGCGACCCGGGCCGCAGGGCGCCGAGUGGCGGCUUUUGGAGCGGCUGCAAACGUGAUGUUAUGUGAUGUUUAAACCUCCGGAUGAAUGUGAUGACCGAGAGAUAGAAAAAAGAAACAUAGAGAGAGAGAGAGGGAGAGAGGUUUGCGCCUGCGCUUUGUUUCGGAAUGGCAAGAUAGCAGCUCACCGGGUGCGUGAGCUUUAUUGGUGUAGUGAUAGCCAGCCGCGUACGCGGCAUAAUUUUUUUAAAACGCGUAGCUGGUUGGUCAGAAAGGACGUAACGGCUAUUCCGCUCGUCUGCGGAAAGGGAUGGUUGUGUGGCAGGAUGCGGCGAUAUGGUGGAGUUGAUUCUAGUUGAUGCAUUGCCGGGACAGUCUGGCUGCUUCUGCUUUCGAUCUUCAGUUUGUGGUUGAAGAUCUGGGUUAACCCGGGGAAAUGUGAAGUGUGAACCGAAGUUGGGAAUGCCUCCGAUGACUGACGCGGGCGUGUGGAUGUUGGUUCUAUCUCGUUUGCGUCUCGUUAUCUUCCACAGGGCGGUUUAAAGCAGAUUG